AUCGGCCCAUUGGUGGGCAUUUUCCACCUGGCCGUUGUCAUCAGGGAUGGAAUCUUGGAUAAUCAGACGGAUGAUGAAUUUAGGCAAGUUUACAAACCAAAGGCAGAAGGUUUCAUCAACCUGGACAAAGUUACAAGGAGUCUGAAUGUUUCGUCCUUGGAGCACUUCGUGGCGUUUUCUUCCGUUUCCUGUGGAAGAGGAAAUGCCGGUCAGACCAAUUACGGUCUGGCGAAUUCUGUGCUCGAAAGAAUUUGCGAGCAACGGAAAGCUGAUGGUUUCCCAGGUUUGGCGAUUCAAUGGGGAGCGAUUGGUGAUGUUGGUGUGGUUUUGGAUCUACUUGGUGACAAUGAGACGAUCGUUGGAGGAACUGUUCCUCAAAGGAUUCUGUCAUGUUUGCAAGCUUUAGAAAGUCUGCUGUGCUGGUAA